AUGAAUAUUCGUAAACCUCCUAGAGAAGGACUUAAAUCUAUUGACAACAAGGAAAACAUUCCCAAUAAUUCAUCAAAACCACCUCCCUCCAGAUUAAACAAUUACAGACUCAAUAAUCUUACUACCUACUUUAAAAUUAGAACUCCUAGUAGAGGUAGAGAAUUACCUAAAUUUGAGGACAACUUCAUAACCAAAAAUUCAAAUAAUGAAUAACGUUAAUUAAGCACCAAAGAAAGCCAAUAAUAUAAUACAUUGAAUCAUAAUACUAAUCAAUAAUACUAAUAAUUAAGAUUAUCAUCUAAAAUUCAAAGAAAAAGAAUACAAGGUAAUCUUAGUGCUAAAGAUUCUACCAAUCAUCAUGAUACUCUAUCUAAAUAAAUACCAUCUACUUGUGAUGAUAAAAUCUAUUCUAUUGGACCUAUUAUUGGAAAAGGUAGCUAUGCUAUUGUCAAAAUGGGAACUGAUCGUCAUGGUAAUAAAGUUGCCAUCAAAAUGUAUGAUAAAGCAUUACUCAAAGGUGAAAGGUUUAAUAAUCUAAUCAAAGAAAUCAACACAUUAAGAAUUCUAUCUCAUGAUCAAAUUGCCAAAUUACAUGAUGUCUAUCAUUAUACUUCUUAUAUCAAUCUAGUCAUAGAAUAUUGUGGCACUGAAUCUUUGUAUCAAUUGCUUAAAUCAACUACUACAAGAACCUUACCCAAAGAAUUUGCAUUUCAUAUUAUUCAUUAAUUACUUAAAAUUUUACAUUACAUCCAUGAUAGAAAUGUUUGCCAUAGAGAUAUUAAAUUAGAAAAUAUCCUUAUACAAAAUAAAAGAAUCAAACUUAUAGAUUUUGGUUUCAGUACUUUUACUAAUCAACCAAUCACUUGUCAUUGUGGUACACCUAGUUAUAUGGCACCAGAAGUUGUUUCAAAACUCAAAUAUGAUGGAAGAGGAGCAGACAUCUGGGCAACAGGAGUAUUAUUAGUUGCUCUCUUAUAAGGUAGUUUUCCUUUCAAAGGAGAAAAUGAAAGAGAGCUAUUUAAGAAAAUAAGAAAUAAUGAAUCCAAUAUAACUAAUUAAGAUCGUGAUGUCCAUAAAAUAUUAUCUCGUAUUUUUGUGGUUGACCCAUAUCAAAGGGCUACAGCAAAAGAAGUAUUUUAUAUUGAUCUAACCUUAGUUAUUGUAAUUAGAUAUCUUUAAAAGUUGA